AUGAUGGUAUGGUAGGCACAGCCCUUUUUGUUUUUAUAAUGUAGUCUUGCACACUUUUUAACUGUGUUCAUUGCAUAUAUGUACUUGUUACAGUACUUUACCAUUGGGGGGUAUUUAAAUUCUGUUUUACCUCUUUUUUCCCCCAUUCUUUUGACUUGUCUAGGUGUUGCCUCUCAAUCGGGCAGGGGUGGACGUGGACAGAAAGGACAAUCAAUAAUGGAUGCUUUUCAGGCUCCGACCCAGAGAAGUUCUCGUGCGAAAGUGCCCUUGUCCUACUCUGAUGAGAUUUCUAUCACUGUAGAUGACAGUGACUCAGAUGAGAAUGUACCAUCGGUCAAUCCUUCCAGGCCCACACAUAAGACUUCUUCAUCAAGCUCCAGAGGAAGAGGUUCCCAGAGCCAAAGCCAGUCGUUUAAAGGGGUGACCUUCGAUGACAGUGAUGAUGAGGAUGAGUUUGAUCCAUUUAAGGGCUCAAGUCGACAACGGAGAUGAGGAGAGAAUUCCAGUUACUUUCUCUUAUUAAUUUCACAAUGCCAUCAGAGUUUGUGCAGAGUUUAAAAUAAGCUUGUUUUAUGUUUAUCGUUAAGUUAAACAUAUGUUUAGUAUUAAAAACCUUUUUUCAAUUUAA